AAAAAAGUUGAGCAAAGCGCCUAGAAAAAAUUGAGUUUUCGAAUAAGUAAAAACAGCGAUAACUGGGAGGUUAAAAAUAUAAAAAUUGGCAUCAGGACAGCGAGAAGAUUGGGCUCCCGCGUAGGAUGGAGGGCGAUCGGAACGAUCAUCGACCAGCACAGAAAUCUGACGAGAGUGAGACAUUGGAUUACGAGUGCGAGCAGGGCGCGAGGCUCUCUCGCCCGGACGCGGACUCGUCGCCGACAACCGCGGCCAGCGACGAAGAGCUCGCGUGCUCCCUCUACGUUUCGCGUGCCCCGAACAGCUGUCAGACGAAUCGAGCCAACGAAUUGUCACGAACGAAUUUGGAGAACGCGAUUCGCGCCUCGGCUCCGCUCGCAGACUGGCAAGUUUCCGAAACCUCGUGCGGCCUCAUUGCUGCUUUCGCCCGCGAAACCGAUGCCGAAAAAUUGCUCCAGCGCGGCGACCUCGCACGUGUUUUCCAGGGACCGGUCCAAGUGGCUCGUUUUUCUGCGCGAGAUUCUCGAUACCGACAGGCCGUUUUAUUGCGCGAUGUGCCUUGGGCCAUUCCCUUGCAAGAUCUAAGCUCGGCUUUCGCCAAGCAGGGCAUUGCGACCGGAAGCAUCGAACGGUUGCGACAAUAUGUUCGUGUGGAGAUCCUGGAGGCGGACCAUUACGAGAUCGUUCUGCGGCAAGGUUUGGACUUCUUCGGUGCCGCGAGGUUCAGUGCGGUUCCGGAGCGUUGGUGGCGGGGUGGUGGCAACGGCGGAAUGACGAACGGCAGUGGCACAAGUUGCGGAAACGCUGCUCCAAAUCAAGCUGGGUUACCAGGUGCUGUGAUAGGGAACUGCAACCUCGCUGAAUCCUCGUCGUACGGGCAGCAAGGCGACGGCGUUCUCCAGUGCUACCGUUGCCAAGGCUUCUGGCACGUUGCAGCCAACUGUCGACACUUGCCUCGCUGCGUGCGUUGCGGCGAGCCUCACAGCGUCGAAUUCUGUCCGAGGCCUCGGAACAGCCCCAUUUGCUGUCAUUGCUCCGGUCCCCAUCACGCAGGCUUCCGUCAGUGUCCGGUGAGGCUUCAAUUGUUGAACGCGACGCCAAUCAGCAUCACAUUGAGCACUGCGAAUCGUGCCGGAUCUCAAUACCCGCCUAAUCCUACGAGCAAGCAGAACGCUUCGCAGGGUCAACAGUCACUGAAGCCCAAUCAUUAAAGAGUCAUUUCCGAGGUCGUGGUCGACAGUUGCAACAAAAUUUCCCGGUGAAGAAUAUAUUUGAAAAAUAUAUUCGUUGGAGGGCAUUUUUUCGAAAAUUUUUUUCGUUUUUUCCUCGUUCCUACGAGCGUAAAGUUUUUUCUAACCAAACCGAUCGACUGUUUGUACGAAAGUCUGUGAUAUUUUUUCGAACGGAAUAAAAAAGUUGAUUUUAUCGAAAUGCUUCGAGGUCGAUAGAAAUUUAAUAUUUGUCCGGAUAAAAAAUAUUUCGCCU